CAAAGUCCCAUGUCUUUUUCUCCUUAACAACCAAUCCUUCUUCUGAAUAUAUAUAUAUAUAAUGUAUAUAUAUAGCCUCUAUGUUAAGCAAGGUUAGGUGACUGACGGCUACAAUUUAAAUCUCUUCCCUUUUUUACACCAAUUUCCUUGCUUGGCCUUUUCACCCUCUUCUUCUGUAACUCCAUCUCCAUACUAUUACCCAGAUGAACUGUUAGAGGAUCAUCCCAUAGGAGUUUUUGUUUUUGUUCUUUUUUAGGACAAAACAAGAGAGUAAACAUGCAGCUUUACAUCUCUCCUAGUUUGAGACAUGUAACGGUGCUUCCUGGGAAAGGUGUUAGAGAGUUCAUCAAAGUGAAAGUUGGUUCCGGGAGGGUUUCUUAUCGGAUACUUUUAUAUUCGCUUCUCUUCUUCACGUUCCUUCUUCGGUUUGUCUUUGUAUUUUCGACUAUUGAUAGCAUUGAUGGAGAUCAUUCCAAGUGUUCCACCAUUGGUUGCCUGGGAAAAAGAAUGGGACCAAAGAUCUUGGGAAGAAGGAUUGAAUCAAAUGUCCUAGAGGUGAUAUACAGAAUCCUAGAUGAACCUGUAAGCAAAGAUGAAGUACAAGGAAAAACUGGUGUUCCUCAGACAUUACAAGAGUUCAUGUCUGAACUGAAACAAAGCAAAUUGGAUGCCAAAACAUUUGCUCUAAGGCUCAGAGAAAUGAUAGUUCAACUUGAACAAAGAACCAGAACAGCCAAAAUCCAAGAAUAUUUGUACAUCCACGUAGCAUCGAGCAGCAUUCCGAAACAGCUUCAUUGCUUAGCACUAAAGCUAGCCGACGAACACUCGAACAACGCAGCCGCUCGCCUCCAACUCCCUUCAGCAGAACUUGUCCCGGCCCUUGUCGAUAACUCUUACUUCCACUUUGUCCUUGCCUCGGAUAAUGUGCUUGCAACCUCAGUUGUGGCAACAUCACUCGUUAAAAACGCGUUGCGCCCCGAAAAAAUCGUGCUUCACAUUAUAACAGAUAGGAAAACUUACUCCCCUAUGCAGGCCUGGUUUUCAUUGCAUCCUUUAGACCCUGCUAUAAUUGAGGUUAAGGCUUUGCAUCAAUUCGAUUGGAUUUCGAAAGGGAAGAUACCUGUUUUGGAAGCAAUGGAGAAAGAUCAAAGAGUAAGGUCACAGUUCAGAGGGGGAUCGUCUGCAAUUGUUGCCAAUGAUACCGACAAGCCUCAAGUUAUUGCAGCAAAAUUACAAGCAUUGAGUCCUAAGUACAAAUCCUUGAUGAAUCACAUUCGGAUACAUUUACCUGAGUUGUUUCCAAGCCUUAACAAGUUAGUCUUCCUAGACGACGACAUUGUGAUUCAAACCGAUCUUUCGCCUCUAUGGGACAUUGAUAUGAAUGGAAAAGUUAAUGGAGCAGUGGAGACAUGUCGGGGUGAAGAUUUGUUCGUCAUGUCGAAGCGGUUCAAGAGCUAUCUCAACUUCUCCCACCCUUUGAUCGCACAUAAUUUCGAUCCUAAUGAAUGUGCAUGGGCAUAUGGCAUGAACAUAUUCGAUCUUGAGGUUUGGAGGAAGACAAAUAUUAGCCUCACAUACUAUCACUGGCUUGAAGAGAACUUCAAAUCAGACCUCAGUUUGUGGCAACUAGGAACAUUACCUCCUGGUCUAAUUGCAUUCUAUUGGCAUGUCCAUGCAAUUGAUCCGUUUUGGCACAUGUUGGGAUUGGGAUACCAAGACAGUACAACUUUAGCCGAUGCUGAAACAGCCGGGGUCAUCCAUUUCAAUGGCAGAGCGAAGCCGUGGCUCGAUAUAGCCUUCGCUCAGCUUCGACCUCUGUGGGCUAAGUACAUUGAUUUCUCGGAUAAAUUCAUCAAGGGAUGUCAUAUUAGGGGUUCUUAACAAGGACUUUUUGAGAGUAUAGUGAGUUUACCAUAAUGAUGAUAAACAUAUACACAAUGUUUGUAUAUGAAAACAUAUAAGUGGAGAGAGUUCUUUGCAAAUUCAAGGCCUUCUGGUUUUUUCCCUCAA